UGCCAGGACACCGCGUAAACACCAGAGCGCGCGCUGCCCAGGGCUGCUCCGUUGCGCCUCUGGCGACUGCGUUUGCUGCGGGAGGUGGUGGCUGCGGCAGCCGGGGAGCAGUCUUUCCUUUAGCCAAGAUGGAUUCCAAAAGGAGAACUUUGAGCUUUAGUGAAAGGCACCAGAAAUUAGUAGAUGAAAACUACCGCAAAAAAUUGCACAUCCAAACACUAGAAAACAUAAACAGUCAAAUCAGGAAUCAAAUGGUGCAGAAUGAAAAUGAUAACCGUGUUGAGCGCAAGCGGUUCCUCAGAUUGUUACAAAAUGAACAGUUUGAGUUGGAUAUGGAAGAAGCCAUUCAAAAGGCAGAAGAAAACAAGAGAUUGAAGGAACUUCAGCUUGAACAAGAAAAAAAACUGGCAAUGGAAUUGGCAAGACUAAAACAUGAAAGUCUAAAAGAUGAAAAGAUGAGGCAACAAGUAAGAGAAAACAGCAUUGAGCUCAGAGAAUUGGAGAAGAAAUUAAAAGCAGCUUACAUGAAUAAAGAAAGGGCAGCUCAAAUUGCUGAAAAGGAUGUCAUGAAAUAUGAGCAAAUGAAACGUGAUGCUGAAAUAGCAAAAACCAUGAUGGAAGAACAUGAAAGAGUAAUAAAAGAAGAAAAUGCUGCAGAAGACAAACGACACAAAGUAAAAGCGCAAUACUAUCUUGACUUAGAGAAACAACUUGAGGAACAAGAGAAAAAAAAGCAGGAAGCAUAUAAGCAGUUGCUAAAAGAGAAAUUCAUGAUUGAUGAAAUUGUUAGGAAAAUCUAUGAAGAGGAUCAACUAGAAAGACAACAAAAGUUAGAAAAAAUGAAUGCAAUGCAAAGGUAUAUAGAAGAGUUUCAGAAAGAGCGGGCUCUCUGGAGAAACAAGAAACGUGAGGAGAUGGAAGAAGAAAACAGAAAAAUCAUAGAGUUUGCCAACAUGCAGCAGCAAAGAGAAGAAGAUCGGAUGGCAAAAGUUCAAGAAAAUGAGGAAAAAAGGCUACAGCUUCAGAAUGCAUUGACUCAGAAAUUGGAAGAAAUGCUGCGGCAACGUGAAGAUUUGGAACAAGUGCGACAAGAAUUGUACCAGGAAGAACAAGAUGAACUAUAUAAGAAGAAACUAAAAGAAGAAGCAGAAGAGAAAUUGAGAAAGCAAAGGGAGAUGAAGCAAGAUUUUGAAGAACAAAUGGCCUUGAAGGAAUUAGUGCUGCAGGCUGCAAAAGAGGAAGAGGAGAUCUUUAGAAAAGCGAUGCUAGCUAAACUUGCUGAGGAUGAUCGAAUAGAAUUAAUGAAUGCUCAGAAACAAAGAAUGAAGCAACUGGAACAUAAGAGGGCUGUGGAAAAACUUAUUGAAGAGCGUCACAAUCAGUUCCUUGCAGACAAACAACGUGAACUAGAAGAAUGGCAAUUGCAGCAAAGAAGACAAGGAUGUAUUAAUGCCAUUAUCGAAGAAGAAAGGCUAAAACUUCUCAAAGAGCAUGCUACAAAAUUACUAGGAUAUCUCCCUAAAGGAGUAUUUAAAAAAGAGGAUGAUAUUGACCUGCUUGGUGAAGAGUUUAGGAAAGUAUAUCAGAAACGGAGUGAAAUUUGUGAAGAGAAGUAAUAUCAAGAUUGGGUGAAACCUGGAUUCUUUUGUUUGCUACCACUAGAUGUCAGCAUAACUUUUGUUUUACAGUUCAAGGACAGUAGGAAUCCAUUGUCUAUUUGGAUUUUCUAAAACAUCACUGAAUUUCAUAAUUUGUAAACAAUUAUCAGAUAGAAU